AUGUACAGCUUCAUGGGUGGCGGCCUCUUCUGUGCCUGGGUGGGGACCAUCCUGUUGGUGGUAGCCACAGCAACAGACCACUGGAUGCAGUACCGGCUGUCGGGGUCCUUCGCACACCAGGGCCUGUGGCGUUACUGCCUGGGCAGCAAGUGCUUCCUACAGACGGAGAGCAUUGCAUACUGGAAUGCCACCCGGGCUUUCAUGAUCCUGUCUGCCCUGUGUGCCACCUCGGGCAUCAUCAUGGGUGUCCUAGCCUUUGCGCAACAGUCUGCCUUCACCCGCCUCUCCAGGCCCUUCUCCGCUGGCAUCAUGUUUUUUGCCUCCACUCUUUUCGUCCUGUUGGCCUUGGCCAUUUACACUGGAGUCACUGUCAGCUUCCUCGGCCGCCGCUUUGGGGACUGGCGCUUUUCAUGGUCUUACAUCCUGGGCUGGGUGGCCCUGCUCAUGACCUUCUUUGCAGGCAUUUUCUACAUGUGUGCCUACCGGAUGCAUGAGUGCCGGCGUCUUUCCACCCCACGCUGA